UCUGCGCCUCUUAUAGGUUCGACGUCGAUGAUGAUGAUGUGGCCCCAAUUGAACAGUAGCUCCAGGGGAACGAUCCUUAGCUGUACACCCUUAAUGCCAGAAUUAAUCUGUUUAUUAAACCGUGCGCCAUUCGGUCAGCAUCCGGUCUGAUGAUUUUUCACCGAACCACGUAUAUCGCCCGUCGUAUAAUAUAGCAAUAGUACCGGAUGCAUCGUGCAACUAGGCGGUUCAUACGUCAUUUUUUUCACACCGACUGCGCGACCGAACCGAUACCAUAAAUAUGAUUUGAAUACAGUAUUACAAAAGAUCGUUUUUGAAAAAAAUGAAAUCACAUAUAAUUUUUUUYUGUAUCAGCAUACAAUUCUUAUUUUAUAUCGAUAAAAAAAAUAUGCCUAGUAUACCUUGUACAUAAUAUCAUCAUACUGGUUAAGUUAAAUACGUUUAUUGAUAUAUAGCGACUAUACGUCUAUACACACUAUCUAUUCAAGUUAAAUUUACUCACUGGCCUCUGAGUCWAUAACUAUGAAAACGACGUGACAAUAUGCAGCUURCUAAACGUAUGUGAUAAAYGAUAAUCUACACUGUAUAUGCUUUGURACACCUAUCGUGACGGACGUGACGUUCACACAAGUUUUUAUCGUUCGAGUGGUUAAACUUAGAUCGAAUAAAUUUUAAGAUGUUUACUGUUUAUUUCAUAUUAACAUUUAUUAUUUUAGUGAUGAUUUGAUUGAAGUAUCCUAUAAAUGAAAAAUAGUCAUUGCAAUAUAAUUGGUAUAUGGAUGUAUGGAUUUAAUCUUCUCAAAUUGUGUAUGCUUUAAAUGYGACCGGCAAAGAUUUUAUAUUAUUGUGUAUGUAGUAGUCACAUAUUAUACGAAAGUUUCUUCUUUGGUGCUCGAGUAAACAUUCAACACAUCAUAAAAAACGGUGAAAAACCAUGUCGAGCUUCGUGUCAAUGUUGAUUGUAUUUUGUGCGUGUCCAGCAAUAUUCCAGUGGACCGAAGUCGGUGCCGCGAACAUCCUAGCGGUGCCUACGGUGCCAGACAAGAGUCACUGGAACAUGAUGCGACGCGUGCUGCGAGUGCUGACGGACCGCGGCCACAACGUGACAGUGUUCACUUCGUCCCUGGACGGUAACCGGGAAGGUUACACAGAGGUGGACGUGUCUGCAGUGCAAAGGCCACCGCUCUUGGACGUGGAUGCCACGUACCUGAUUGAAACGAUCAGCAGCACGCGGAACUUGAUGCCGAUCAUGGUGAACAUCACACGAGCGAGUUGCGAUGCGAUUUACGGACACCGACUGAUGGCGGACAUCAUGAACGGGGUGGGCCAACAAUUCGACUUGGUAGUCACCGAACCGUUUAUGUCAGAGUGCGUGGCGUACGUGGCCACCGUUCUUGGCGUGCCUAUGGUGCACGUGUUGUCAUCGCCGCUCGCGUCGUUCCACGAACGUCCGCUGACCGGACACUUCUCGAACCCGGCGGCCGCGGGGCACUUGCUGUCUGGCCACGGAACUCCCAAAACGUUUGCAGAACGAUUUGCCAACGCGGCGCUAACGGUGUACUGUUCAACGUUGACGUGGUACGCCGAAUGGAAGCAGCGGCGGACAGACCCUCGGCCUUACGAUGCCGUCSAUCUGGUCAAACCGUCGGUGAUUUUCACCAACACGCAUUUCAUCAGCGAACCGUCUAGACCGCUGACGCCGGACAUCGUACAAAUCGGCGGCAUACAUCUAACCCCACCCGAACCGAUACCAAAGGAUAUUUUGGAAUUCAUCGAAGACGCGACACACGGAGUGAUCUACUUUACAUUUGGAUCUAUAGUUUCGAUGUCGUCGUUACCGGAAAACGUUCAGGGCGCGUUCCGGGAGGCGCUGUCCAGGGUUCCGCARAAGGUGUUGUGGAAAUACGAUGGUGAAAUGAAAGACAAACCAAAGAACGUUAUGACUCGUAAAUGGUUUCCACAACGUGACAUACUUAUGCAUCCUAAUGUAAAACUGUUUAUCAGUCAUGGAGGAAUGUCUGGAGUGUACGAGGCAGUGGACGCGGGUGUGCCUGUAYUAGGAUUCCCGUUCUUUUACGAUCAAUCGAGAAAUAUUGACAACUUGGUAGUUGCCGGUAUGGCGAUCAGUAUAGACCUGUUAUCAGUCACUGAAAAAACGUUGUUCAACGCCGUUUCUAAGAUGGUCAACAACGAUAGGUAUCAGAAAAACGCCAAAAUUGCUUCCAAGUUGUUUAAAGAUCGACCCAUGUCGCCUGCAGAAUCUGUGGUYUACUGGACGGAUUACGUUUUGCGUCAUAAAGGAGCGCCACACUUAAAAUAUCAUGGUCUGAAUCUGACGUGGUACCAAUACUUUUUGAUUGAUGUAAUCAGCACACUUUUAGUCAUUGCGUUUGUCGUCUCGAUAUUACUUUAUUAUGGCGUAAAAACUGUUUGGAAGCACAUUUCUAAAUUUUUCUAUACCAUAAAAGCAAAACGAGAAUAAAAUAAAAUUACGCAAAUAAUACACAUGUUUUAACUAAUCAAAAUAAUUUAUGGGUACAUCAUUAUUUUCGUGAUUUCCUAUGUUAUAUAUUUAUUUAUUUAUUUUU